AUGGCGGAUAUUGAUGCUCAGACGCAAGAGAAUGGCGUGAGUCAGAAAAAGCGGCGCGAGACGCUGUUGUUGGGGGGUGUAUCUGCGCCGAAGAAGAUUAAACUGGAAGAUGACACGCCGCCUGAGGCUAACCCGAAUACUAUUGAGGCCGUGAGAGAGAAAAAUAAGGCGCUGGAGAUUGACAUAAAGGAGAAGAAUCGACGUAUUGCUUACUUGACCGAGAAAUGUGAGGCGUUGUAUCGUUCACGAGGGAUAACUAGCGCGUCCUUCCGCUGCUUGAGGAGGCAGUGGUUUCAGCUGCAGGACGAGAUAUUGUCUGCAGUAAAGACAGUAGAUAUCUCUGCUAUAUCAGAUGAAAUGUCCAAAGAGGGAUGGCUUGCAGCAUUAGAUACUGUCAAUGACUUUGGACAGGUCCGUGUACGUGCUGAGGAGCUGGUUUUAAAUAUGCCAGAGUGGUUUACUACUGUAGCCAAAGACGUAGAGCAGGAAGAACCAGAUGCUGAUGUGUCAUUGCCUACAGAUGAUGAUGCCAUCGACGAUGCAUUUAUCAAAAUGGAUAAUAUAUCAAGUAUGGAAAAAGAAGUACACAAUCAACUCAAGCAGAAAAGGGAGAAAAUGAAAGAGUUGCUGCAGAAAUUGCUUACUAUAGUUGGAAGUAUUUCUGAGAACAAGACGAAACCUAUUGAGUAUGCCCAUAUUUUGCAAGAUAAACGAGCAGCAGUCGCGGAAACACUAGAGCUUAAGGGUCAGCUACAGGCGUGCAAAACUCGGAUAGCUGAGCUUGAACGCGAUAUGGAAUACAAGGAAACGGAGCGCCAUCGAGCUUGUCGAGACUACGACCGUUUGAGUGCAUUUAUUAAGCAACGGGGUAGUGUAAAUACGGAUCGUAUCGAAGACGACGAUACUAAAAGUGAACAAGUCACAGAUAGUAAGCAAUCGGUUAAGAAAACGACGUCAGAGCCGUCGAGUGCUGACACGGUGAAGCAGGAAGCACUUGCAAAAAAAGAGCAGGAGCACACCAAAAUGAUAGCAACUUUGAGAGAGAAUAUGGGAAUCUUGAGUACUAAGCUGUACCAAGAGCGUCAAAAGUUUGAUUUAAUGCGACGAGAGCUGGAAAAGUUCAAGGCACUGGAAGUGGCGUGGAAAAACGACGAAGCUGCGUUGGUCCAGGAUCACGAAGAGAAGCUCAAACAACUUCAAGAGGAGAAAACUCACGUUGACGAAGAGUACAAAAAACUUCUUUACAAAUCGAAGGAUCUGAAGCACCACAUGACCGAGAAGUGGGAAAAGAAGAUCAUAAAAAUUCAGGCGGAAAUGAGUAAAACAAAAUCACAGAUCGAUGGGUUGAAUCUAAAGAACGUAUCCCUACGAGAAAAGAUCUCGAAUGCAUCAACUUACAGAGAUCAGUUAUCGGAACUCAAACCGGAACUGGAAUCAGUAAAGCGUGAAAAUGCGAAAUUGAAGGCACAAAUGGAGCGCGAGCGGAGCCGGGCGGAUCAAUCUCAAAUUUCGGCAGAUAAUCACGAGAUCCAGAUACUGACACACAAGGUGGCAUUAUUGACCAAGGAGAAACUAGAAUUACAGCAGACGUAUAACAUGCUGAAACAUGCGGAGAUGAAGGACGCAGGUAAAAAACUGUCAGACGCACUAAAGCGGUUAUCAGAAGUGGAAGAAAAAAUCGAACAAGAGAGGAAAGAGUAUUACGAAUGCAAUGCUGACCGAGAAAAGCUACGUGCUAAGAUUGAGGAUAUGAAGGCAUCCAGUGAAGCUUCACGAGAAGAAAAUGAUGCAUUGUUGCUGGAGAUUGAUACGAUAACAAAAGACGUAGAUUCAUUGCGCCAUAGCCGGAAGAAGUUUUUUCAGCAGAUUGAAGAAAAGCGCAAUGCCAAUAAGAAGCUUCACACUUUGCUUGCGAGGGAGGAGCAAGCAAAAUUGCACUGUUUUGAAGAGCUAGCUGCUGUCCGUCUGCAGGUUUCAUCUCUGAGCACCGUGCACAAGCACCAAAAGAUAUUCAUCGAGUCAUCUAAGGAAUCGUUGCAAGCGAAGGAGAUUGAACUCGAGAAGAUGAAAAAUUAUGUGAAGACAAUUGAAGCCGAACGUGAGGCUUCAGAUGUUGAGAAGCGAAAGGUGUUGCGAGAUGCCGAAGUAGCAAAGAAGAUUUGCGAGACCGCAGAAAAGUCGCAGCGCGAGCAGCAAUUGCUGCAGGAGAAGCACAAGCCGUGCGAGAAGUGUGAGACGUUUAGCAAGAAGAUUGAGGAUAUACAACGUCAAGUGCAGAAUUCUAAAUUGGCGUCUACGGGUGAACUUACCGAUCUCGAGCGGUUUGAGCUGCGUGACUUGCAGAAACUCGUGAAUUGCUCAGUCUGUCAGGACCGGCGCAAGGACGUGAUCAUCUCCAAGUGCUUCCAUAUGUUCUGCAAGGAGUGCAUUGAAAACAACCUGAAAUCACGCAAUCGCAAGUGUCCUACGUGCAAAAAGAUGUUUGGCCAAGAUGAUGUCAAGUCGGUAUGGUUCACGUAG